AUGGCCGGCAAGGAGGGAGACCGCCCGAAUUCUGCCUUUCCACGAGAGCGAUUGAACAAAGACCUUCAAAAGCUGGUUGACAAGCAAGAUGACUGGGUGGAAAGCUUUUACGAAGGCGAAGGGCCGGACACUACCGAGACGAGCAUGCGAUACGCCGCAUAUGCGAACCGUCUGCGCACGAUCAUGCUGAGUGCACAUCGAUAUGUUGCGUACACGUCGGAUAUUGGCGAGUCCUUUCGCCCAGUCGCGCACCCGUACCUUGUGAGAAGCGCAUACGCAGUGUCAUGGGCAUAUGUGCUUGGUGAUGUGGGCCAUGAGGGUUGGAAGGCUUAUAAGAGGAACCAGAGGCUGCUACAUCCUCACCCCGAAACAGGCUCUGACGAAAAACCAAAGGAACCUAUGGGGAUGGUCGAUGCCCAGACACCUCAACAGCCCGUUCACGUCCCUGCGAUUGAAGACUAUCGGGCCGUGAUGGCUCAGAGAGCCGUGUUCCAAAGUCUCGCCUCGAUGGGAUUCCCGGCGCUUACGAUCCAUUCGAUCGUAAAGUACUCCGGGAAGGCACUCAAGACCGCAGCGAAUCCAACAAUAAGAACUUGGGCCCCAAUUGGACUCGGUCUAGCAGUGGUUCCCGCACUGCCGUACAUCUUUGACGAACCUGUGGAGGAGGCUGUCGAAUGGACAUUCUACCAGGCGUUCCGGGCCAUCGGCGGAGAAAAUGCGGUGGGCAAGAGACACAGUACAGGUAGAAAAGAGGCUCUGCAAGCUGAAGCAAAGAUCGCCCGCGAAAAGAAGGACUUAUGA